UAUUUGUAUGCGCAACCGUCAAAUUGAUGCUUGCAGACCUGAGUCAAUGCAAAGUACAGAAUCGAGUCUGGACACUAUUGUUGUUUGAUCAUUAGAAAGGCAUUUGAAAAUUCCAAUUGCAAUUAUUUCAUCUACAAAUCGUUAAUCACUGAAUCUUUAAUCAUGGGUGUGAAUGUAGAAGUAAUAUCCCCUGGAGAUGGUCAAACAUAUCCAAAAACAGGACAAGUUGUUGUGGUUCAUUAUACAGGUACAUUCACAAAUGGCCAAAAGUUCGACUCUAGUCGUGACCACGGGAUGCCAUUCAAAUUCAAAAUUGGAAAAGGUGAAGUAAUCAAAGGCUGGGAUCAAGGAGUAGCUCAGAUGUCAGUAGGGGAGCGUGCAAGACUUACAUGUUCACCGGACUUUGCAUAUGGCAGUCAAGGCCAUCCUGGAAAUAUACCACCAAAUGCAACCCUAAUUUUCGACGUAGAAUUAAUCAAAGUUCAACCUUGAAGUACAGUAAAAUUAAUACUUAAUCAACAAAACUCAACAAUUUGACUGAUCAAGAAUAAUAAAUGAUGAAUUAAUGCUUUCAAUGUUAUUUAUUAAUAAAUUUACUGCACCUUAAA